AUGUCAAAUUCCAUAUCUUACUUGAGCGAGUCACUAAGGUGUCCAGAUAUUCAAGUUCUCUCUAUCAAGAGCUGUCCUCGUGUCUCUGAUGUAAUUAUUUCUGAAAUAGCUUCCGGGUGUCCCAAGCUUAAGGAGCUGGAUGUCAGCUACUGUUAUCGAAUAUCUCACGAGUCUUUGGCAGCCAUUGGAUCACAUUGUCCUAACUUGCAUAUUCUUAGGCGGAAUCUGAUGAAUAGGGUGGAUCCUUCACAGCAUGUCAGAAUCGUUCCGAAUGAGUAUCUAAGUGCCUAUCCCCAGGAUGGGGAUUCAGAAGUUGCCGCCAUUGGAAAAUUUAUGCCUCGUCUUCUGCAACUUGAACUCCAGUUUUCCAAGUUGACAGGCAAAGGACUUGUUCUGCUGUCUGAAGGAUGCCGGGACCUUGAGUAUAUUGAUCUAUCUGGAUGUAGGCAAGUGCCUCGUCAAGCUAUGGCAUAUGCAUCAUCAAAUCUGAAGAAGUUGAAAAACAUCAAGCAGCCGAACUUUUAUAGCCCGAGGCCUGUUUUCCACAUGGAAUGA